GGCGUCUGGAGCCGAAGUUUCUCUCAGUUGGGACGCCGCCGCGGCCGGGGGCGAAGAAAGGGAGGAAGGAAGGAGCUCGCGGAGGGGAGGGGAGGGGACGCGGCCUCGGGCAAGGAGUGCAGGGCGAUGCGGGCGCGCGUCGCGGCCCCCCGAACCUGAGCGCAGCGCCCCGAGCGUCGAACGAGGCCGCAGCCAUGGAGCCCGCGCAACAGCCGCCGCCCCAGCCGGCCCCGCAAGGCCCCGCGCCGCCGUCCGUGUCUCCGGCCGGGACCCCCGCGGCCCCGCCCGCACCCCCGGCCGGCCACCAGGUCGUGCACGUCCGCGGGGACUCGGAGACCGACUUGGAGGCGCUCUUCAAUGCCGUCAUGAACCCCAAGACGGCCAACGUGCCGCAGACCGUGCCCAUGCGGCUUCGCAAGCUGCCCGACUCCUUCUUCAAGCCGCCUGAGCCCAAGUCCCACUCGCGACAGGCCAGUACUGAUGCGGGUACUGCCGGAGCUCUGACUCCACAGCAUGUUCGAGCUCACUCCUCACCAGCCUCCCUGCAGCUGGGUGCCGUUUCUCCUGGGACACUCACCGCCAGUGGCGUUGUCUCUGGCCCUGCCGCUACCCCUGCAGCUCAGCAUCUCCGGCAGUCCUCCUUUGAGAUCCCUGAUGAUGUACCACUGCCAGCAGGCUGGGAGAUGGCCAAGACAUCUUCUGGUCAGAGAUACUUCUUAAAUCACAACGAUCAGACAACAACAUGGCAGGACCCCCGGAAGGCCAUGCUCUCGCAACUGAACGUUCCUGCGCCUGCCAGCCCAGCGGUGCCCCAGACGCUGAUGAAUUCUGCCUCAGGACCUCUUCCUGAUGGAUGGGAGCAAGCUAUGACUCAGGAUGGAGAAGUUUACUACAUAAACCAUAAGAACAAGACCACGUCCUGGCUGGACCCAAGGCUUGACCCUCGUUUUGCCAUGAACCAGAGGAUCACUCAGAGUGCUCCAGUGAAGCAGCCCCCACCCUUGGCUCCCCAGAGCCCACAGGGAGGUGUCCUGGGUGGAGGCAGUUCCAACCAGCAGCAGCAAAUACAGCUGCAGCAGUUACAGAUGGAGAAGGAGAGACUGCGAUUGAAACAACAGGAAUUAUUUCGGCAGGCAAUACGGAAUAUCAAUCCCAGCACAGCAAAUGCUCCAAAAUGUCAGGAACUAGCUCUGCGCAGCCAGUUGCCUGCACUGGAGCAGGAUGGAGGAACUCAGAAUGCAGUAUCUUCUCCCGGGAUGUCUCAGGAAUUGAGGACAAUGACAACCAAUAGUUCAGAUCCCUUUCUUAACAGUGGCACCUAUCACUCUAGAGAUGAGAGCACAGACAGCGGCCUCAGCAUGAGCAGCUACAGCAUCCCUCGGACCCCAGAUGACUUCCUGAACAGUGUGGAUGAAAUGGAUACAGGAGACACCAUCAGCCAAAGCACCCUGCCGUCACAGCAGAGCCGCUUCCCCGAUUACCUGGAAGCCCUCCCUGGGACAAAUGUGGACCUUGGCACACUGGAAGGAGAUGCAAUGAACAUAGAAGGGGAGGAGCUGAUGCCCAGUCUGCAGGAAGCGCUGAGUUCCGAAAUCUUGGACGUGGAGUCUGUGUUGGCUGCCACCAAGCUAGAUAAAGAAAGCUUUCUCACGUGGUUAUAGAGCUGCAGGGAGCUACUCUGAAGGAUCCACAGAGCCUAAGAUGUGCAUGCCUGAAAUUCAGAUAAGUCAGUGGGGGAUUCUCUGGCUAACACAGAAAACAGAUGAACCAGUGUCCAGCAGGGAGCACCCAUCGUCGUUCCGCUUUUCUCUGCCCGUCGCUGCUCUUACGUUGGUUGCUGACCUCUUCACAGCCGGCUCUAAAGAACCAGAACCACAAACAGAAUCCUUUAUUAACUUUGCUAUGAUAACUAUGUUCUCUGGGAUUGCUGGGGGAUAGGCUGCUGGAUAAUAGAUGUUCUGCCUUUUGUCCAGUGGUCUUUUCACUCAUCAUUUUAACUGAACACACAGACUGGGAACUGAAAUGCUUUAGAGCAUUGUUCAAGAGGUGGUUUCUUCAGCUGCCUUUGGCCCUUGGGUCCAACAAGCCAGAAGCAUUGCGUCUGAUCUCACGGAGGAUGGAGGAGGCCCGUGCUGAAGACUGAUGGACUUUCCAUUUCUUCUUUUAGUGAUACCAUUAGGCACAUAGUGACCUGGAUUUUAUCUUAGAAGCUUAUGAGGCAUGAGACAGUUUCCAUAGAAAUAUAUUAAUUAUUACCACAUACUCUAGAUUAGGUUUGAAUGGAUAUUUUCUGUGGGUGUUUUGGUUGGUUUUUCUCCUCCCCCCUUUUUGUGGUUGGUUUUGGUGGAAUGUAGGCAAAUUAAUGAAGUCGUUUAUAGCUGUAGUUUGGGGUGGGCAGUACCAUUCUUUUGGUGGGAAAUCUGUAUUUCUUGACUUUUUAACAUCCUAUUUAAAUCUUAAAUCUUGGUUAUCUCCUCUCUACAUAUAUACACACUCUUAUUAUGUCUAUGGUAGUGUGAUAGCAGAAUGUAUCUUUAUAAACAUUUCCUUCCUUUCCAGUUUAUUUUUUAAAUGAUAGCCUUGAACAUAUGCAUUUAGAUACAGUAGUUUAUGUUUCACAAAUGUUUAAAUUCUGGUUGGGACAAUUGCAGGUGUUGGAGGGAGGGAGGGCAGUGUUGUAGAAAGGGCUCUUGUGGGUAAAGCCAAGAGGCGCUCUCUUGCCCUCUGUGCACUAUGGUGACAACAGAAGCCAGCAGUGGCCUUACUCCCUUUAGACUGAUUUCAUGCCAUGCAGUCUCUGAGCUUUAGGCUUUAGAGAGGCAGGCCUGCCUGCCUUCUGCCUCCACCUCAGCUUUGGGUGUACACUCAGACACUUGGAGGUCAGGUUGCGUGCCGCCUACAAGAUCGUUCUUCGGAAACCUACUCAGGAGUCUGUGCUGAGUGGACCUGGGGUCUGGGGCAGUGUGCAGAGUGCUGUGAGGUCACGGGUUGGCUGGUAAAGUGAUGAGAUGAGCAAGUGGGGUGGGGGGUAGUUGAACUUAGCAAAGAGCUAGAGCUAAGCAUGAUUAUGGCUUUAUUUUUACAAGAAGAUUACUAGAGUAUGUGUCUCCAGGAGUAAUAAUGGUUUCCAAAGAGUAUUUUUUAAAGGAACAAAAUAGGCAUGAAUUAACUCUGCAUGUAAGCUAUGAAGUAACAAUUGGUCAUGGAUUACAGUGGCACCAGAUGGCACCUCUGUCAUUUAAGAGACUUUGAGUGCUUCUAGAAGAAUCCCUUAUUUUCAAGGGUUCAUGAUGAGCAACAAUUUUCCCCCCCUGGCUAAAGCUGCUACUAUGAAAAUCCUCAGCUUAGGAAGAUAGAAAUCUUUUGGCCCUUUGAUUUAGUAUAGCACAAGAAUAAAGUAGAAAAGUUUUACUCAGUACUUUGAGUGCUCAAAAAAUACAAUCAGUGUAUUAUAUAUGAUUCAUAGGUCAGUCAUUUGAGGCCAUUGACUCUAAGGCUUUUAAUUAGAAACUAGUUGAAGAUUCACCCUUGAAUUAAGUCUGGGGAAAUGGCCACCCGGAGGAUGCAUUGACUGUAGAGCAGAGAUGAAAUUCUACUCCCAUUGAAAACUGAGCAGGUGGAUGAUCCACAAUAGUGUGUGGGAAAGGGGCAGGUGAUAGGUGUGCCGAGUGCCUAUGAUUGGCCAGUAAGCUGCAGAGUAAAGGACAGCAUCUUCUGUGUGCAAACUAGCUUUAGUGUGGGGAGGGGGAGGGGAGGUGGGCAUGGGCUGGUGAAAGGUUACCGGUUACCGGGCUGUGAUAGAAAAGCUUUUAUGAACUUGUUUCUCGCCAGUAAAGACUUAUCUCGCUCUCAGUAAAGAAGUUCCUAAGUUUCCAGCUGCUUAACCUCCUCCACAAAGUGGAUGUGCCGUCUUCCUUCUUCUCCCUCAGCGUGGUGCGCCUGGUUAUACCUCAAUGUCCAACAGCCCCUGGUGCCUGACAGUGCUCUCUGACCUUAUCAAACCCUCCAUGCUGACUGUGGGAGAUUUAAGCACCCUUCCUCUCACUAAAUUUGAAUCACGGCCUCAGUAGUCUUUCUUGUUGUGUCCAACAGUGUUUAAUGCUUCCUGGCUGUAGUAGGUAGCAUGCAGAUAAGAAUUUAACUGGUUAUUCUUGAAUUUCUUUUACAAUAAACCAAUUUUUAUAAUCUUAAAA